GCUGCGCUGACCCAGGGGAAUCCCUGAGCUGCAGGCAGACGCUCAGAAUCCCUCUCCCUCCCGGAGCAGGGGCUCCAGCCUCUGCAAUUUUUCUCGUUGCCGGCGAGGGCACCGGCGGCUGGGCAGAGCUGCGCAGCUCUGCUUAGGGCACGUGGCAGGAGCCCUGCAAGGGCAGCGCGACACCAGGGCUUCUGGAGGAAAGCCGCAGCUGCCCCCUAGGUCAGCCUCCACGUCAGCCCCAGCGAGAGGCACGGAGAAGAAAAGAGCCUCAGCAGUGGGCUGGUGGAGCAGAGGAAGAAAGAGGACCCCAACGCUCAUGCAUUGGGCAAGGUGGUUGUUCCUUGCUGCCCCUACUGGAAACACCCCCCUGAGAUCCGGAUUCACUCUGAAUCCCUGUCUGACAUCCCAGCUGGAGCAAAUCAGCCACGGGGCGCACAUCGUUCCUCCAUUUCCAGCUGCACACUGGGGCCGAAGGCAGCGCUCCCCCGUCGCUAACUUGGGGAUGGGGCUGAAAUCUCCCCACGGCCCAUCAGAGACAGUACCUGUGUCGCUCCCCAGCUCCAGUCGCAGCGUCUCUAGGGGAAGGAGAGGAGGGAGAGUUUUCAAGCACAAGUUUAUUUUGUUGGACUGUGUUGGAAAGUUGAGAGGAGAAACUGGAGGCACAGAAGGUGAUGUGAUUUGCUCAAGGUUACGCAGCAGCAGUUGCAAUACAGGGAGGGAGUGCCCUAGGACACAGGAUCGCCCCAGUCCCGGACAGGUCUCUCACAGGGAGGACGGGGCGUUUCAGAGGCCGGAGCCGGGGUUUGCGGAGCUGGAGAAGAGACUGGGCGAUUUCUCCCUGCAAAGCGCCUGCCUGCAGCAGGUGCUGCUGGGAUUCAAAGAGACGCUGCGACUGGAGCUGGGGAGCGACACAGGCUGUGGGACGACGUCCACCUUUCCCUCGGGCUGGGCUCAGCCUUUCAUGGGAUGGGGACGGGAACCGGCUGCCGGGGAGCUGGCUGAGCGCCAGGGACUGCCACGCCAGAGCUGUGUUCUCCUCUGGCCUCAGCGCAGCCAGACAAGUCCCCGUGGGCUGCAGCGGAAGGGGCUGGACUUUCCCUCUUGCAGUCGGAGCUCAAACAUCGCGGGAUCCCAACACCCCUGAGCGCUUCUCUAGGGUGACCAGACAGCAAGUUUGACCUGCAGCCUGCACGCGUUACCUCCCCUGCACAGAGAAGACAGGUCUACAAUCCUAUCUGCCCUGAUUCCUCAAGAGAGUCCGGGUGAGCCUUGACCCCCCUCAGUCGGUGCCCCCCAAACCACCCUAGGCUGUGACACCCAAACACAGCCGUGUUUUCAAUAGGCUGAAGUGUGGCUUAGGUUAUGUCUUUUCUCAAUGUGCAUACGGGUCCGGUGUGAUUUCUGAGGAAGCAAUGUAUGAUUUUUGCAUGUGUAUUAUUUUUGCAUGGGGUGUGUGUGUGUGUGCUACCCCAAAAACAGACUCAGGGAUCCCAGCGUAUCCCUCCUAUUGCUGACCCCUGGCUUCCUAAGAUGUCGACCUAUUAAUCUGUUCC